UUCCUCGGCUCUAGUCACAAUCUUUACACAGUAAGUAAUGCUGAUUAUAAAGUUCCUGAAAUACGCUUGGAAUAUGGUUUCCCAGAGCAUGAACCUCAAAUCGAUUCACACAACUCAGUUAGUCACGAUGAUACCACAAAAGAUGUUGUACCAACAACAUAUGCACCUCACAUAUAAACGGCACAUACAUUCACAUACCACACAUACUUAGACAUCCAAAUAUCCAAUAAAAGUCAAAAAUCCCAUAGAUAUAUAUUCCUAUAAAACAAAGAAAGAAAAAAUAAUCAAAUUAAUCUAGUAGUAGUUAUUAUAAUAAUUUAUUAUAAUAUUUAUUUAAUUGAAUUGAUAUUAAUUAAUUCAAGCCAAUUCCUAUGGAAGCUGCUGUUAAGUUAUCCAGCUGCAUCCUAACAACUAACUCCAAAAAACCUAAUGACAAGUAUUCCAAUAAUGCAACCAAUUCCGUCAAAUAAGUAGACGCAUAACUGUUAUACAUUAAAACAUUUUAAAACAUUUUAAACUUCUCAUACAUUAAGCUUAGUUUACAUUUAAUACAAUAUCAAUAACAUCGCACCCGUUCCUGAUCCAUGCACGAUUUUUACCACCCCUUCCAAUACACCACAUAUCCACAAACACACACACAGCAAAGUAUACGCACAGUUACAGAAUUCUACAUUAAGUUACUUAACUAAAACAUUACAAUUUUUCCACAAAAUAAAAACCAAAAAUAUUAAACUUUUGCGAUGACGUCAAAUAAUAACAACCACAAAAACAAAAUCAUCGUCAUAACAACAACAACAACUUUAACAACAAUUCCAACUACACAACAAUAUGAAACAACUAAACAACAUCAUAGACAACAACCACAAAGAAACCCACUACCACCACAAAACGCACCACCACCACUACAACAACAACGACCACCACGCCACGUAAUAUACUCUUCAACUAUGAUGAUGAAGGACGUCAUAAGAUAUUGCAUCAGGAGGACGCACGUAAACACGACAAAUACGACCAUGCAUACUUAACUGAGAAUGGCAUCUAUGGUGAAGAACAAGCGAAAUUGCAUCACGAAGGCGGCACUCACGCCAAGGGUUACUAUGAAUACACUGGUGAUGAUGGUAAAUUGUACCGUGUCAACUACAAAAGCAACCACGAAGGCUUCAUGCCCAUGGGUGAACAUAUACCCACACCACCUCCAAUUCCAGAAGCCAUUGCUCGUGCCUUGAAAUGGGUAGAUGAAAAACGCAAAGCCAACGGUGAGAUGCCAAUGUUUGACGAACGCGGUUUCCGUAUUGACAAAAUGAUGACCAAAGACAUCAUGGCAAAAAUCAAGUCCAUACAUGUAGAGGAUAUGCCAGCUGAAAUUGGCGAAAAAAUCCGUGAACUACAAAGGGAAAUGGAAUUAGAGGAACGUAAACAACAGGAAUGGGAACGAACACACUACGAAAGCGAAACUGAUGCUGCUGUUACUGAUCGGCAAUAUUAUGAUGAUGCCACAGAGCAAUAUUACGGUUAAGACGAGUUAGACUAAACAAAUAAAAAAAACAACUCGUAAACAAUUGUGAUGCCACUUCAGGGAUUAAAAAGCUAUUAAGUUUAUUUAUUUUAGUGUUAAAUUGUUAAAAAAAAAUAAAUGUUAAAAUUUUAUGAAAACUCAUUCGAAAUCAAAUUCAUAAACAUUUUCGUAUCGAAUUUAAUUUUCUUGCCAUUAAGUAACGAGUAACCAUUAGAGUUGUGCUGAAAAUACGAGAAAUGUGUAAUAUUAACAAAUUUACUUAAGUCACCACCACAACUUGUCAUACUAAAACAAUUCCCCUUCCCCACGCAUUUGUCGCUCCAGACAAACUAUAACAAGCCAUCAAACAAAAA